CACAUGAUUUGGGAGCUACACUUUGUGACAUGGACGAAUCUACACUGUCCCUUGGCACAAUAGAUGUUUCUUAUCUUCCAAAUUCAUCAGAAUACAGUGUUGGUCGAUGCAAGCAUGCAAGUGAGGAAUGGGGUGAAUGUGGCUUUAGGCCUGCUGUCUUCAGAUCUGCAACCUUAAAAUGGAAAGAAAGCCUAAUGAGCCGGAAAAGGCCAUUUGUUGGAAGAUGUUGUUAUUCCUGUACUCCCCAGAGCUGGGAUAAAUUUUUCAACUCCAGUAUUCCAUCAUUGGGUUUGCGGAAUGUUAUUUAUAUCAAUGAAACUCACACAAGGCACCGAGGAUGGCUUGCUAGACGUCUUUCUUAUGUCCUUUUCGUUCAAGAGCGAGAUGUCCAUAAGGGCAUGUUUGCCACCAAUGUGACGGAAAACGUACUGGACAGCAGUAGAGUACAAGAGGCAAUUGCAGAAGUGGCUGCUGAAUUAAACCCAGAUGGCUCUGCCCAGCAGCAAUCCAAAGCCAUCAGUAAAGUGAAAAAGAAAGCCAGAAGGAUUCUGCAAGAGAUGGUUGCCACUGUCUCGCCAUCUAUGAUCAGAUUGACCGGAUGGGUGCUGCUAAAACUGUUCAACAGUUUCUUUUGGAACAUUCAAAUUCACAAGGGUCAACUUGAGAUGGUUAAAGCUGCGACUGAGACGAAUUUGCCGCUUAUAUUUCUACCAGUUCAUAGAUCCCAUAUUGACUAUCUGCUGCUCACUUUCAUCCUCUUCUGCCAUAACAUCAAAGCACCAUACAUUGCUUCAGGCAAUAAUCUCAACAUCCCGAUCUUCAGUACCUUGAUCCAUAAGCUUGGGGGCUUUUUUAUACGACGGAGGCUAGAUGAAACACCAGAUGGUCGGAAGGAUAUUCUCUACAGAGCUUUGCUCCAUGGGCAUAUAGUUGAGUUACUUCGACAGCAGCAGUUCUUGGAGAUUUUCCUGGAAGGCACACGCUCUAGGAGUGGAAAAACCUCCUGCGCUCGGGCAGGACUUCUGUCAGUUGUGGUGGAUACUCUGUCUACCAAUACCAUCCCGGACAUCUUGAUCAUACCUGUUGGCAUCUCCUAUGAUCGUAUUAUUGAAGGUCACUAUAAUGGUGAACAGCUGGGCAAACCUAAGAAGAAUGAGAGUCUUUGGAGUGUAGCAAGAGGUGUAAUUAGAAUGUUACGAAAAAACUAUGGGUGUGUCAGAGUGGAUUUUGCACAACCAUUUUCCUUAAAGGAAUAUUUAGAAAGCCAAACUCAGAAACCUGUGUCAGCCCCGCUUUCCCUGGAGCAGGCGUUGUUACCAGCUAUCCUUCCUUCCAGACCCAAUGAUGCUGCUGAUGAAGGUGCAGACACGUCCAUGAAUGAGUCCAGAAAUGCAACAGAUGAAUCCUUCCGAAGAAGGCUGAUUGCAAAUCUGGCUGAGCACAUUCUAUUUACUGCUAGCAAGUCCUGUGCCAUUAUGUCGACACACAUUGUGGCCUGCCUGCUGCUCUACAGACACAGGCAGGGAAUUGAUCUCUCCACGUUGGUGGAAGACUUCUUUGUGAUGAAGGAGGAAGUACUGGCUCGUGAUUUCGACCUGGGGUUCUCAGGAAAUUCAGAAGAUGUAGUCAUGCAUGCCAUACAGCUGCUGGGAAAUUGUGUCACGAUCACCCACACUAGCAGGAACGAUGAAUUCUUUAUAACUCCCAGCACAACUAUUCCUUCAGUCUUCGAACUCAACUUCUACAGUAACGGGGUACUCCACGUCUUUAUUAUGGAGGCCAUUAUAGCCUGCAGUCUUUAUGCGGUUCUGAACAAGAGGGGCUUGGGAGGGCCUGCCGGCACCUCCCCGAGCCUGGUGAGCCAGGAGCAGCUGGUGCGGAAGGCUGCCAGCCUGUGCUAUCUGCUCUCCAAUGAAGGCACCAUCUCCCUCCCUUGCCAGACAUUUUACCAAGUUUGCCAUGAAACAGUAGGAAGGUUUAUCCAGUAUGGCAUUCUUACAGUGGCAGAGCAAGAUGACCAGGAAGAAAGCAGUCCUGGUGUUGCCGAGCAGCAGUGGGACAAGAAGCUUCCUGAACCUUUGUCUUGGAGAAGCGAUGAAGAAGAUGAAGACAGUGAUUUUGGUGAGGAGCAGCGCGAUUGCUACCUGAAGGUGAGCCAGUCCAAGGAGCACCAGCAGUUCAUCACCUUCUUACAGAGACUCCUGGGGCCUUUGCUUGAGGCCUACAGCUCUGCCGCCAUCUUCAUUCACAACUUCAGUGGUCCUGUUCCGGAGCCUGAAUAUCUGCAGAAGUUGCACAAAUACCUAAUAACCAGAACAGAAAGAAAUGUUGCAGUAUAUGCGGAGAGUGCCACGUAUUGUCUUGUGAAGAAUGCUGUGAAAAUGUUUAAAGAUAUUGGGGUUUUCAAAGAGAUCAAACAAAAGAGAGUAUCCAUCUUAGAACUGAGCAGUACUUUCCUACCUCAAUGCAACCGGCAAAAACUCCUAGAAUAUAUUCUGAGUUUUGUGGUGCUGUAGGGAACUUCUGGCACCUCUGCAAAUGAAGGGCAUGAGAAGAAUCCCCCAUAGGCUCCAGCCUCUGGCUCGAGAGUUGAAGGUGCCGUUGUGUGGUCAGGCCUGCCCUGUCCCAAGGUGAUCUCUUGGAAGACAAGUGCCUUCUCCCCUCCGUGGGUCUGUGAUCUUCCCAACACUGAGACGACACAGCGGCCUCAAGAUAAUACUAAGGGGCUUGCAGCCUCCAUUUGCAACUCAUAAUCAGUAGGUUACAAGAUGAAUUCUCAAUAAAUGAUUCUGGAGCUUGUUAUAGAUUCCCGUUUAAGGACAACUCUGAAGGACUAAUUACUGUGAUGGACACAGACGUGGUUGUAUUCUAGAACUGAAUCUUGUGUAGUAAGUAGUCUACUUAACACUGUUGGGUAAUUCAUUGGUAUGUUUUCUGAUUAAUAGUUAAUGCUUUCUUUAAAAAUAACUGUUCAGUCUUUUUCAGUUCUGUCCUUGUCAGUAGUAGCUAAAUUUUAAAUGGGAACACCUUUCAUCCCAAAGUGCUUUACAAAGGAAUGGGCUGAUAAAGCACCACCCCCAAGUAGUCACUGUGCUGUCCUUCGCAGUCAGCUUGAGAAAGUAUUUUUAAAAGCUACAUGAAAACAGAUACCAGUUUAGGUCAGGAAUUGAAAUGUUGUGAUCAGAUAGUUAACAUCAGGAAAUUAAGUUGGCUGGCUAAAUUCAGGGUCAACUCGGCCAGAAAACUGGCCUUGAGAAUUUUUGCUCACAUAUAAAAAAGUGCCAUUGAGUUUUAAAAGACCAGCAAGUAUUUAGAAAUUCCUGCUUUACAUCUGUACCUCUUCCCACCCCUCAGGUGGUGCCUGCCUCUCCCAGGUGUAGCUGUUACUUGGUCAUUUCCAACCAAACAGCAGCUGCCCCAACUUGAUUAGCUUGGUCUGGGAGACUCUGUAAAUGUACAGAGUCGGGCUGCAGGCGGCUGACCCAGGGCCGCUGGGUCCUGCACACGGACUGCACCUCGCACCCCGGUCUGUGACCGCUUACCCACGCACGCUGGGCAGUGCACAGCCUGUGCGGUAGAUGCAGUGGUCCUUCUGACUGGGACGUGGUCAGAGGCGUUGAUGGAUUUUUAGCUUUGAUGAAAAACCAUGGUUCUUUAAAAAAUUUAUAUGGAUUAUAUGCCUAAAUCUCGAUGCCACGUAGUGGCAAGUAAUUAUGAAGAAUUGUCUGUUCAUAAUGGGUAGGUGCCUUUUUGUGAGCAGGGAACAUAAUUAUUAAUUGUGAUAACUACGGUAAUUUUUUAAAAAAGAUCAUGUAAUGCUAAAACGUUUUCUAACAGUUUACAGUCCCUAUCUCCAUGAUAUUAUGGAACUAGGAAUUUUUUCCUGAUGAGUGUUGUGUAGGUUCUUUGAACUUAGUGUAAAAGUACUGAGAAUUAAAUUUGUACUUUCAUAAGCUUGGGUUUUCAAUACUAGUGUCUCAUGAAUAAUAUAUGUAUUUGGGAGAGGGCGGGAUACCGACUGGUAUUUAGUAUUGUGUGAAAUAUCUCGUUUGAAACUUGUAGCAAUAAUGCUAUCCCAUUGUGAUCCUGUUCCACCCACUCCUGUUCUAAAUUUAACAUACACUUUAUCUUUGUAGGCGCUCAUGUCCAUUAAGUCAUUGUCAGUUGUAGUGGCUUUGGUGUGGACUUGGAGCAGCCACCUCAGCCUUCCAUUUUACUAACUCGGGUAGAACAACACGUCUAUUUGGGGGAUACCCUGGGUGUCUUAUUUAUUCCCUUGGGUGUUCCUUACCUGGAGAAUCACACAUUUCACUCGUCUCUUUCUUUGAAUCCUACAAGCUGUAGAUCCAGGAUUACUCAAACUCUUAGCUGCAGAGUCAAGGAUGGAACUGACUUCGCGGUGGGUACCGCUGCCCUGCUGGUCACUUCCGUGAAGAGCUGCUUAUUUGCCAGCCUGAGCAGAGAAAUUACAGUUUCUCUUGCUUUAUUUUCCUUUCUGGUUGGUUUGUUUUCUAGAAAUUCACGCAGAUGCUUUGGGGAAUGCCAUGUAUGAUUCACUAGCUCUCUUGCCACUGAACUCACUGUGAGUGUAAGUAUGCAUGCUUUUUGUAAUUAACUGGUGCUUUCAAGACCUUUUUUUUUUUCCCCCCCUUAAAAAUCUCAACCAAAGUUAUGCGCAUUCAGACAAGCUGACCUUUAAGUUAAAUUUCAGCACAACUCAUUCUUCAGUGCCUCAUUCCUGGGAAGAAAAAAAAAAAAA